AUGGAUGUUUACACACCCUUCCUGUUGGAUCAGCGCAUGUCCAUGCGGCUGCAGGUCGAGGGACACGUGGUGCACGAGGCCCCGCCCCCGAUCGAGGCACCCGACUUUACCACACCGCCGUCCUCCACUCGAGCCAGCAUGAUGGAGGGCGAGGGCGCCGAUGAAGCUUUCAACGAAGAGGCCACCGACCCGGAGACCGCUGCCUAUGAGCGUUACCAGGAGGUCGACAUUGAGGCCAUGACGGAGGAGGAGCUGGAACAGCUGCGUGCGCGCCUUCUUGAGGAGCCGACCCUCAUCAGCAGCCAACGUUUGCAGCAAAUUUCCACUCAGGUUCUGCAGCGUCGACGCGAACUUGCCGACGCCUCCGCCCGGCGCGAGGGUCUCAUCGUGUCCGACUCGGACGCCAACUGCGUCGAGUGUCGCAAGCCCUUCUCUCUCCUGAACUGGGCUUACAUUUGUAACAACUGCGGCAGUCGAGUCUGUGCUGAUUGUAGUCCUGCUCGCAUUUUCCUCCCUAGCCGCUCCACCAGCCGCUCGCGCGUCUGCAAAACUUGCGCGCUUCGCAUUGAGAAGGACACUCGAGGCAAACCGAUCCACUUUGUCACCACCGCCAGCCCCACGCAGCAGAGCUUUUAUCUCCGCGAACUUCCCUGGUGCCUCUGGCAGCUCCGCAACAUCACAACCCUCCGCAUUUGUGACUUUGGCUUGCGUGAUAUCUCUCCGCAUCUUGGGCUCCUCCGCCUCCUCGUGCACUUGGACCUCAGCCACAACCGCCUCUUGACCCUGCCGGCCGAGCUGGACAAGCUUGAUCGUCUGGAAUGGCUCACCCUGGCGCACAACUCCAUGCGCCAACUCCCCGAUGUUCUACGUCGCCUGCCCAGCCUGCGACAUCUCGACGUCAGCUCAAACAAAUUGGGGGCUCGGACAGACCAUCUCAAAGCCCUGCCACAGCUCACCUGGCUCAACAUUAGCAAGAACAAGGAUCUGGACCCCGGUACUCUGGCAUAUUUGACUCCCCUUCAGCCCUUGGGCGAACUCAACGUAGCUCACAUCCGCUUGAACCGUGUUCCUGCCCAAAUCUGGCGCUUGCGCACCCUCACUCGCCUGGACCUCAGCGCAUGCAACCUCAGCAAGCUCAGCCAUCACAUUGCCCAUCUACAGCUCCUCGAAUACUUGAACCUCAGCCGUAACCAGCUACAGGAGCUCUCCGGCGCCAUUGGGUCCCUUGACAACCUCCUGACCCUGAUUGUCAACUACAACCCCCUGGCUCAGCUGCCCCUCACCCUGUUUCGGCUCCGUCAGCUCGAGACCCUUGAGCUACGCCAGUGCCACCUCGCGCACAUCCCUGAAGCCGUGGGCUGGCUGCAAAAUCUCAAGCACCUUGAUGUCAGCGAAAAUCGAUUGGAUGGACUGCCCACCACCCUCACGCGCCUGCCUAACCUUGAACGCCUCGAGGUCCAUGGCAACUUGUGGAAGUCGGAGUUGCCCCAAAACCCAACACGCAAUCUGCCACGUCUUUUGCUCGAGGUCAAUGGCGAGCUCAAAGCCGUGCUGGCAAGCUGCAGCAUUCCGGUGCAGCUUUGGUCUGCCGAUGGCAUCAGCGUCCGCUCCCUUCCUUGGCUGUACGAUGCCAUGACCCUUCGCCUCGAGGGCUUUAACAGUCUAUUCAAUAUUAACCAGGACAUCCUACACGAAUCCAAUCUGCCAGAGGUCCCCAAUGAUGAGGCUGAUGUCUUUGAGCCCACCAUUGUCCGUGGCCCGCCCCAGCACUCCUCAGGCACGGCCAGCCGCAGCAGCAGCACCACGCCGGCUACCGAUAUUCUGCAACACUAUCAAAUGCCUUUCGAGACUUGCCUUCUAGACCCUCAAGCCUGCUAUUCCAUUCUCGAGCCGUACCAACGCAAUGCCGACCAACAUGCGCGCAUGCAUUUUACUGCUGGUGUUCAUGCGCUCAACACCGUGGGCGAUGACAUUAUCAUGCAUGCCCUCGUAAUCGCCGAGUUGCCACCUGGCGCGUCCAUCCGUCCUUUCAAAGCUCCCCUGUCGCAAAUUCGCGAGGUGGUUGCUGCCGUGCCCUUGGGGCGCCGUCGCUUUCUCAACGCCAUCGAGCCCUACGAAGUGACCGAAAACGAUACUGGGCAUACGGAACAGAUUCGCGCACACACUGGACGCAUCGACUAUUGGCGCGCCGUCACCGACUCAGUGGACGGCGAUAUCGUCAUCACCCGCCGAAACCUCAAGCCGUUGCUCUCGGCUGUCGCCAAUUUUGCCCUCCACGUUGCAAAGCACAAAACGCAGCCCGUGCCGGCGGAUGUAGCUCAGGCACACCCACCGUCUGCUUUGCACGCCCCCCUGGCCCGCCUUGCGCAGCCAAACACCGAGGCUGCUCGCAAUGACGCACCCAGUCCGAGUGCGCGCCCACCAGCAGGAACUGUCCUCUCCGAUAGCCGCAAGACACAGGUCCUCAGUGCGCUCGCCAAGUUUCCUCAUGGCGUGGCGCCGUUCAAGCCACUCGAGGAUUUACUUCGUGAAGCCUGGUUGGAUCGCACCAUUCGACCACGCGCGGACACCAACAUGAGCCUGCUACGGCAUCACUCUGCUGAGUAUUCAGCUCAUCAGUCUACUUCCGGGGCAAGUGACGAUAGUUCGGCUUACGAUGAUUGUGCCGCUUACGUUGAAUCGGUUCUCGAGCGACAUUCAUUUGCUCGCCUCAUUCAGGCCAAGGAUCGGUUUCUUCUCGCACAGAACUGGGUGCUACCGGCUCUAUGUUCCAUAUUCACGCGGGACCACCUGGCAUGGUUGGGCACAAGCGAAUUUCAAGCCAAGGCCAAACAGAUGCGUUCAAGCCUGAGUUUUCGGGAGAGUGAUUUACGCGCCCUCCGCUCCAGUGGAAUGGCCAGUGAGCGUCUAGUCCGCAGCCUGUUGCAAAGCAUGGCCCUCAUUCACGCCGAGUCGCCGCUGGCCGAGUCUAACAAUCGCCGUCUGAUGACGUUUUUGGCCGAGCGUCACUCGCAUGUGGAAAACUUGAUCGGGGAUGAGAGCAAAUUGGAUAAUUGUAUCCAUGUGCUUGUUUCCGCAGGCAUCCUUUACGCCGCCCCUGAUGCGGCUCACACCUACAUGGUAACAACUUUUCUGCCUGAGGCUCCUCCCAGCGGAGCUGAGAAGGCACUGGGUGCUAUAUCGAUUCCAACCCGGCGCGAAUCCUACCCCAGCGCUCACAUUAACACGCAGACACGCUUGUAUCAUGUUGACUGCUGUCCAGCGUGGCUGUUUGCCCGCUUGCAAUGCUUGGCUGCGGAGCGAGGCUACACGGUGUAUGGCUGGCAAACGGGCGCCGUUUUCAUGCAUCGACACGGCGAUCAGUCCACCUUGUGUAUAGCAAGUGGUUGUGAGGCCGAGGGUGGAGGCUUUGAAGUGCGCCUGACAGCCAUCGUGCUCAAUGAGGACUUUCCGCUGUUUUACAACAUGAUGACUUCGGCCUUAUUGCCUUUGGUGGCCUGCCUCGAGCAUCUGCUGACCGUGCAAUGCCCUGGCGUAUUGUGGGAGUCAUCGAUCGUUUGCGCCUCUUGUGCUCAAGAGGAUGUUGUACAACUCCAAUGCGGACGACUGCGAGGUCUUGAUAUCCUGGUGACGUCUCUGCCAGCCACGCCCUUUAUUCACUGUCCAAACUGCAACCAACAAAUAAUCAUUGCGGCAUCAUUGCUUAACCUCCUCUCUGACUCGGAGCAGGAGGAGCAAUUGCUUCGCGAUCGCAUCGGAGAUCUCAACAAGCGCAUGAAGAACCUGGGAAGUGCGCGAACGCAGCCCAUCAACACGUUCAUUACCAAACUAGAGGAUCAAGAUUGGGACUUGCUUUGUCUUCAAAAUGCCCCGAUUCAAAUUUCGUCGCCUGCAAAUACCCGAGCUCCAGCCCGAAGCGAGGGCAUGGGCCAGAUCUUUCGAUAGAAACGGUUGGGCACACAACGAAUUAUCGGGCACAUCUGUUUCCGAUUUGCUUUAGGGUUGUUGAACGGGUAUGAACGAGCAUGAGAGUCAGACCGAAUCUGAUUCUGGGGGCGACAAUGGAUAUCGAGAACGAGUUUCCGCAAAUGCAAAAUUGAUGCCAUU